AUGCCUGAACUCACAGAAUUAGACAAAGCUACAGCUUCCAUGACUGAGAAGAGGAAGGAAGAGACAGCCUCUUCAGACAGUGAUUCUGAUGAUUCCAUCCCAGAAUUGGAAGAUGCAGGUGCACCAGGAGCUGGAGGUAUCACUAACCCCAUUGCAGGCAUUGAUAUUGUCUCUAAAGCAAAGCAAACUCGUGGGGAAAAGAAAGCUAGAAAAAUCAUGAGCAAGUUGGGACUUAAGCCUGUACAAGGAGUAAACAGAGUAACAAUAAGGAAGUCUAAGAACAUUCUUUUUGUUAUCAACUCACCAGAUGUUUACAAGAACCCUCACUCUGACACAUACAUAGUAUUUGGAGAGGCCAAGAUUGAAGAUCUUUCACAACAGGCAACUAUGGCAGCUGCUGAACGUUUCAAAGCACCUGAAACUACAACAGCUGGAAAUGAUACUGCUACUGCUGGAACGACGGUAGCACCAAUAGCUGAAGAAGAAGAUGAAGAGGGUGUAGAUGAAACUGGUGUCGAUGAGAAGGAUGUAGAAAUAGUCAUGUCCCAAGCCAAUGUGUCUCGAGCUAAAGCAGUUCGGGCACUUCGGAACAAUCAAUCAGAUAUUGUCAAUGCUAUUAUGGUAAGUUCAAAAGUAGCUCUUUCUGUACUCUGA